AUGGCUCACAGGUAUCCAGAAAAGCUUGCAGACAGUAGCUUUGAUAACACCGGACUUUUACUUGAAGCACCUUACCGACCUCACCUCAACAACUCUGUUCUCCUUACCGUCGACCUUACCAAAGCUGUAGCCGAUGAAGCUAUUGCAAGGAAAGACUCCAUUAUCAUUGCCUACCAUCCCAUCAUUUUCCGCCCAUUGAAGUCCUUCACCCUAGCAAACACGCAGCAAAACUCCCUAUUAAGACUAGCUCAAGAAGGCAUCAGUGUUUACAGUCCUCAUACAGCUGUUGAUGCUGCUGUAGGAGGCCUCAAUGAUUGGCUAGCAGAUAUCGUUACUUGCAAAGACUAUGAGAAUCCUUCUGAAGGACAAGAGCCUCAAACUACUCGCUCUGUCAUCACACCGGUCAAAGAUCCGCUACAGGGCUUUGAACAAGCAGGCUACGGCCGCAUUGUCAAGUAUCAAACUCCAGUCGAACUCGGAACUAUAGUUCAGAGAAUCAUGAGAGGCUUGAAGAUCCAGGACGGCAUGUCUGUAGCAACUCCCCAAGCUGUACCUGCUGGACAAAAAUCCCAGAUCAAGAUCUCAUCAAUUGGUAUAUGUGCUGGAUCUGGUGGUUCUUUACUCAAUGGAUUGGACGUCGACCUCUUGUUCACCGGAGAGCUGAGCCAUCAUGAAGCAUUGGCUGCGAUUGAGCAAGGAAAGUGUGUUGUCACUGUAUUUCACAGCAAUAGUGAGCGAGGAUUCUUGAAUCAGAGAAUGGCUGUCGAUCUCAUGAUCGCUAUCAAUCAUUCUCAGUCGGAUGGAGAAUUUGCCGAUAUCCCAAAGAAUUGGUCUCAAACCGGAGGAAUAGCUGUCAGUCAGGCGGACCGGGAUCCAUACUCAGUCUUCAGUAAGACAGUGUUGGACGGAGGACAAUGGUAG